AUUGAAAACAUGUUUCGGCCGCGGACAGGGAAACAACAGUUAGUGUCGAAUCUUUUUCUGAAUUUCAGAAAAGUCCGUUGAAAAAGCCCGCGCUGAGUGGAAUACAACGGGUGAAGACGCGUUUGCCGGUUACCAACACACCUUAGCGGCUGCUAACUAGCAACAUUUAUUUUUGACAAAACAUCAAUUUAGAUCCAAACAAACCGCGAAAAUUCCAAUUGUUUAUCCGGUUGUAUGUACAUAGGUGUGUGUGUGUGCAUGUCCCAUAAUUAAACAGUACAAGGCGGAACGGUGCUUUUGAUAAAAAAAAAUCCAAGUAGUCGUCAGGUUUACCGCUAUGGCCACAAGUGCAAACUCUGUAAACAACUGUAAAAUCAAACGAAAGCCCAAGUGAAACCCAAGCAAAAUCAACAACAGAAAACACAAAACAAAACAAAUCCAGAAUCCAGAAUACAGAAUACCGUGUAAAUACAAUAAUACAAAAUAAACAAGAAAAUUAUUAGAAAUAGUAAAUACAUAAAAAAAAGAGCUGGAAAAUUGCAAAUUGAUGCCGUGAAAGAUUGUUAAACAACAACAAAAAAAUAACAAAAAUAUAGUUGCAUACAGAAUUAUUGUGUAAAAAAUACAUAAAUACUUGAGGUAAUAAUUCUUAUCGCGUUCGAUCUGCCGCCAGUGUUGUGGCUAAUAUUGUUGUUGCUGCUUGCCGGCGUCGCCUCGCGUCGCGUCAAUAAGGUGUUCUCUGCUCUUGGUGUUAGUGUGUCGCGUCGGCGUGUGUGUGUGUGUGUUUGCGUUUGUGUGUUUGAGCCAAACAAGUUUUUGUGUUUGCAAAAAAAAAAGCAACAACAACAACAGCAAAAAAGUGAGGCAGCAAAGUGAGGCAGCAAAGUGAAGCAGUCCAAACGGGAAGCAAGUGUUGCACAUGCACCAACUUGCAACAAGCUAAAAAACAAACCCAACAACAGAUAUCUAAAAAUAAAGAAUUUAAUGUGGAAAAGUGAGAAAUCAAAAGAAAUAUCAAAGAAACUCAACUGAAAUUAGUUGAAAAAUUAACAACCAACAAAAAGUGUGAAAAAAGCAAAGUGUGUAGAUUCCAUACAUCUCUGGCUAUAGCCCCGAUAUAUCCACAAACGCGAGUGUCAAAAUGCAGCCCACAGCGGCCUCUGCCAUCGCUGGGAUGCAACAAUCUCUCUGAAAUCAAAAUUAAAUCAAAAAAAUAUAUCCAUCGUCAUAUAAUUAUAUACACAUAGUAUAUAGCGUAUUGUAUCUAUAACUAAGGUUUAGUCAAUCCAAUCCAAUCAAAAUUCCACCAUCAAAAUCUCAAAUUGUUGGCCAACGAGCAGCAAUUUGAAUCGCAAUUUCGCAUUAAAUCAAUCAAUCAAAUAUACAGCAACGGCCUCACAACGGAGUCCCCAGAGUUUUUGCGAUUUACCGAAGAGGACUUCGAGAUGGAUAUCUUACCAAGUGGGAAUAUCUUCAACGAACUGGAGCGCAUCUGCACCACCGGCUACUUUUCGUCGCAGCCCUCCAUUGAGGAUCAAUGGCAACAGACCUGCUAUGAACUGGAGCGCUAUCUGCGGGAUGAGCCGAAGCUCGGCAAGAAGAUACACAGCGAUCUGGACACAUCGGCCUGGGACAUAUUCUCGACGCCCGCCCGGCUGCUCGAGGAGCUGAAGAUCAAGGAGCAGAACCUGGAUGCCAUUUCGACGACAUCGUCGGUCUCCUCGAACUGCUCGGGCAUCUCCUGGGACAGCAAUGGAUCGCAGGCGCUCAGCUGUGCCGUUCUGGUCAAGCAGGAGCGCAUCGACGAGGAGGACGAGGAGGUGGGCUGCGACGACAAGCUGGGCGUGCUCUUUGCGGCGCCACCCUCGGCCAUUUCGCCCAAUCCCAGCAUCAGCAGUGCCAACGGCAACAUGACACCCACCAGCAGCAGCAGCAGCAGCAACAGUCACAUCAGCAUCAGCAGCAUCAGCAGCAGCCCCAUCAUCCGCAGCAGCAGCAGCAGCAGCAGUAGCAUGAGCAUGAGCAUGAGUCAAGCGAACAGCUGCCUGAGCGGCGCCAGCACCAUCACCGUGAGCUCGCCGAGCAGCUCGUCGCCCGGGUUCAAGGUUCGCGUGGUGCAGGCCAAGAGCCAGAUGGGCAACGGGGCGCGGCUUCAUCUUGGACACGUGCAGGACUUUGUCCUGCCCACGCUGACGCCGCCAUCCUCGCCAGAGUCCAGCCUGCGGAGCCACAACAACUAUGCGCAACAGAUCGAGGCCAACGAUCUGGCGGCCUUGAUCCAACAACAGCAGCAACAGCAGCGGCAGCAGCAACAGCAGCAACAACAGCAGCAACAGCAACAGCAGCAGCAGCAACAGCAACAACAACAGCAAGGCAACUCCACACCCGCCACAGCGAUCCUGCGCUUCACCAGCAGCAAUCACCAAAACAAUCCCACAAUGACGCAACUGCAGCAGCAGCAGCAACAGCUGGCCGUCCAGCAUCUGAGCAUAUCGCCGCAGGCCCUCGGCCAGAGCGGCAGCAACAGCAGCAGCAGCAAUUCGCCCCACAGCAAUGGGGGUAGCAACAGCGGCGGCAAUACAAGCAGCAGCAACAGCAGCUCCAGUGGCAGCUCAAGUGGCAGCUGCAACAAGGAUCAGUCAACCCACAGCAACAUUCCGCGCAGCACGAUCGUACGGCUGACCACAGCGAACGGCAAGCCGGGAGCGGCCGGCAUCAGCCUGGCACGCGUCAUCCAGAUGCAGAACAAUGGCCAUGCCAAUGUGGCAGCCGUGCUCAGUGCGGCCGCCAGCAGCAACAGCUCCCACAGUUCCAGCGCGUCGACACCACAGCAACAAGUGGUGGCGCCACGAGCUGACAAAUCCACAAACGGUUCUGCCAAAAGUCAUCACCCGCGGCAGCAUCACAGCGAUCACAGCCCGGACGCCAAGCGCCGGAUACACAAGUGCCAAUUCCUAGGCUGCAAAAAAGUCUACACGAAGAGCUCGCAUCUGAAGGCCCACCAAAGAACGCACACAGGUGAGAAGCCGUACAAGUGCUCCUGGGAGGGCUGCGAGUGGCGCUUCGCGAGGAGCGACGAGCUGACGCGUCACUACCGGAAGCACACCGGGGCCAAGCCGUUCAAGUGCCGCAACUGCGAUCGGUGCUUCUCCAGGUCCGACCAUCUGGCCCUCCACAUGAAGCGACACAUGUGAGGCGAGAUCUAAGCGGUGACGUCAACGGAGACGCAUACGAAAGGUGGUAGCACCGCCGGCGGAGUCGGAGUGCAGCGGAAACUGUGUGCCAUCAAGGAACGAUGAAAAAAACUGCGUAACGCUAAUCAAAAUAACUGAAAAUUAAGGAAAAUUUGAAUGGAGAAUAAGGGAAGGAGUGUAUAGAGUGGGAGGAAAAUCAAAGAAAGCAUCACAACACAAGCACAAAGAUGGAAAAUAAAGUUCUCUGAUUCCGAUGGAUAUUUGUGUUGCCAUUAUCACCGUUAUCGUUUUAGUUUUCGUUAUGGUUAUCGUUAUCAUUAUCGUUUCAAUUGCAAAUUCGAUUUGUUUCAAUGCCUUGUUAAGUGUAAGUCUAAGCCACCAGCAUAAUCACCAGAAUUUCGCAAAUACCCCCAUACCCGCGCACCCGCAUACCCCCCUCAUACCUAGCAUUUAGCGUCGCGUUCUGAACAAAAAAACAAAACAAAAAUAUCGUACAAUUUACCAAAGCUAAGCAGACAUUACUUGUAAUCAGUAAUGAAGCAGCAGACGAAAUAAAAAGAAAAUCCACAAAAAAAAAGAUUGUAAAAAAACGAAAAGAGUAAAGAAAUAUUUUUGUUUUCAUAU